GGUAUAAUAAGAUAAGCGCUUGCCAAAAUUUUCUCAUAGCCUUAAUAAUCUCUCCCAAUGGCCUCCAGAUUCACCUCCCGCCUUCUCCGCCAACUCCACCGCCACCACUUCUCCACCGCCCUACUCUUCCCCAAACCCCACCCUUUGAAUCCUUGCUUCUUCAAUCCUCAUCACUCCCCCAUUUACAUAAAACCCCAACUCCAUCCUUUCACCCUCCGCUUCUUAUCCACCCGCUCCAUCCGUCCAGCCCGCCCCAACAAGCCCGACAUAGGUGCUCGAGCUCGGCAGCUCCAGACCCGGAGACUCUGGACUUACGCCUUAACCUUCAGCUGCAUAGCCGGCUUCAUAAUCAUCGUUCUGAACCAAUUCCAAGAUCAGUUGGUCUUCUACAUCACACCCACGGACGCUCUCCACAAGUACAAUUCCAAUCCUUCCAAAUCCAAGUUCCGCCUCGGCGGCCUUGUCCUCGAGAACAGUGUGGCCCAGAUUCCUUCAUCUCCAGAAAUCCAGUUCGUCAUCACGGAUUUGAUCACAGAUAUUUUAGUCAAAUACGAGGGAAGUUUGCCCGAUCUCUUUCGGGAGGGUCACUCCGUAGUCGUGGAGGGCUUUGUUAAGGCGGUUGAUGAGGAGAUUAGGGUGAAGGAGGAGGCCGUUUUGAGGAACAGUAGUAAAUUGGGAGUAACAGAAAAGGCCAGGAGUCUGGGGUGUUAUUUCUCGGCCACUGAGGUUUUGGCGAAGCAUGAUGAGAAAUAUAUGCCUGCGGAGGUGGCAACUGCAAUCGAGAAGAACAAGAAGUUGAUUGAGGAAGAGGAGAAGAAGAGGGGGGGCGCACUAGUCAAUCCGGGCGUUACUGAUAAUGCUGGGGCUGUGAAGGCUUGAUUGCGUUAUCUUGUUGGUAACUCCUUUUGAUUGUUCUAAUUCUUUUUGUCUUAGUUAUAUUGAGUUCAUGUUAUUCUAUACUAGUGCGGAAUUUGAUUAUAGUAGACACAGUUUUGGGGGGUAGGAAGAGGGUAGGAUGAGAAGACAUCAAGGUAAUUGAUAUUUGUUGUUUGUACCGAGAUUUCAGUGGCAUUAGUAAUUGGAUUAUAGAUGUAUUGCUUCCACGAGGAUGCAUUGCAAUUUUUGGAUAACUGUUUAUUUAUAUUAAUGUUUAAAUUGCAUUUA